CUCAGGUUCAACUGAACCCCCCACUCUCUCCUACUAGUACAACCAGCUACCAGGACAAUGGUCAAUUACAGGAAGAAAGUAUGGCUCGACGUCGAUCCGGGUCACGAUGAUGCAAUUGCCAUCCUCCUCGCCCUUCAGAGUCCUCAAAUUGAAUUACUAGGGAUCUCUACGACUCACGGAAAUGCCCCGAGCGAUCUGACCGCCAUCAACGCUGCAAGGUGUUUGUUGGCGUUCGGCGCGAGGCCUGAUAUUCGUGUGUACCCGGGCGCGCCCAAGCCCCUCCUGAAGUCUGUGCAGCAUGAUGCAGAGAUCCACGGUCCCGAUGGCUUGGGAGGCGUCGUGGGAUUAGCAUCUGGGACCGACCCUGCCGUCCUCUCUUUGAUAGCCAAGAAUCCCGAUGGUUCUGUCGCUCGGGCCCUCGAGGGUAUUUCCCAAGCCGUCAAGAAGGUGUGGAUCGAAGGGUCCGGCUUGGAGAAAGUCAUCAUCAUCUCGAGCGGUCCCAUGACCAACAUCGCGAACUUCAUCUCGGUGUAUCACGACUUGUUGGACGCCGUCGAGGAAUUCGUGUUCAUGGGUGGAGGUGUCGGUCUCGGAAAUCGCGCGGCUGUUGCUGAAUAUAACGUCAUGUGCGACCCUCACGCAGCUCAGAUCGUUCUGAACGCGCCCAUCCGUACAGUCAUGAUCCCUAUCAACGUCACCCACACGGUCAUCGCGACCAAGGAUAUUAUAAGCAAGCUCCUAUCGCCUGCGGCUGCCGUAGGGCCGGACUCGCCGUUGCCUAAGCCUGCGACAAACCUCCGGUACACCCUUUCGACUCUUAUUGGAUAUUUUGCAGAGUCAUACAAGUCGACGUUCGGCUUUCUGGACGGUCCCCCGAUGCACGACGCGCUGACGAUUGCGUAUGCCGCCCAUCCCGAGCUCUUCACUGCAUCUCGAUUCCGAGUUGAUGUCGAGCUCACGGGCGCACAUUCUAGUGGACAGACCAUUGUCGAUACGUGGAAAUACCAAAAGACUGAUGAUUCAUGGGGCGCGACAGGGAAAAAUUGUUUGGUCGCUGAGACAGUCAACGUGGAUGGAUUUUUCAACAUGUUCUUGGACUGUGUUGCUCGGUGCGACGAGGUCUCGCCUUUGAACCUCAAAGUUUGAAGAUAUAACGUGAAAGAUGUACAUCAGGGAAAGUAAGGAAGAGAAGUCGAAAUACAUGUACUACUACUACUUGAAAGCGUUGCAUGACCC